AUGGAGCAACAUACAACACCUCCAUAUCCACAGCCCCGCCACGCUCGUGAAGCUCUGCCUUGCUAUGGGCACUACAGGCUGGCAGCGCUCAGGCUUGUUCCGUCGCCUUCGGUCAAGAAAACAGCCACUACCACAAUACCCAACGCCACUUAUUCAUUUCCCCAUCUGCUCGUUGCCCGCAAUGCACUUGUGUUCAUCUACAUACCGCUGCCAAUCGCAAUAGCAUCCAAAUCGUCCUUGCGUUCUCUGCUUCUUCUGCGCGUCGACGCUAGUGCUUGUCUUAAGCCCGCACAACCCGACUUCGCCAACCACACCAUUGGCGUCCUCCCUAUCCGAUGCUGCUGCCCCUACUGA